GCAUAAACACUGAGCUGACAGUCGACAGUCUGACUCGGUGACUCAGACUAAUUUCGUAAUUAUAUUAUAUACUACAUAUGGUUGCACCAGGCUGAAUAUCUAUGUCUACAAACUGAUUUAUGGUUUAUUCAUUUACGGCAUACCAUUUUAAGCAUGUCCAACCAGUAUCCGAUAAAUGUGAAGGCAAGUGCCUACAGUGAAGAGAUAGGUACACUACACAGAGAAAUAGCCAUUUAUGGCAUGAAUAAAGAAUGGGAAAAUCUUCUGGAAAAAGUGGAUGAUGACCCCAAUUUGGCCAAUUCCUGUACACUCGUUGAGGAAAAUAUCCAACGCACCAUGAACACGCCACUUCAUUAUGCUGCCCUUGGAUCCGCUCCUUUGGAGGUGUUCAAGAAAUUGUUGGAAAUAGGUUCAGCCAAAAGUCUUAAAAAUUCUGCUGGCGAAACCGCUUAUGAUAUUGGGGUAAAAUCACAACUUCCUCAGGACAUAUUAAAACUCAUUGAAAUUCCUAAAGAGAUUAAACAGAAAGAAAACACCAUAAAGAAACUUGAGGAAGGUUUACAUAAAGUGAUUCUGAGUAGAGUGGAGGAUCUUAUUAAAAAAAACGAUCAGGCACUACCACAAGUCGCAUAUUUGUUUGAGAAAGGUGAUUUCUACUACCCAGUUCCUGGGAUGUAUGGCGGAUUCAACGUUGAGAAAGAUGAAGACAGGGGUAUUCAAGCCUCGAGCUGGAUUCGAGUAUGUGGGGGAAGUGGGCAACGCCAUGAAAUUGACAACGAGGGUAAUGUAAAACUUGCAGAGGAGGGAUUUGUGUGAGAUUAAAGCAAGCAGUCUUUGUCCAUCUAUAAAUCUGUGAAAAUCUCUUUUUCCUUGAUCGAGUAUUUAUGUUCUCCCUUUAGUACUUUUACUGACUUUUAACCCUUUUAAAAUAAUUCUUGAAAUGUAUUCAUUUAAUGAUUUAUGGACACGUGCAAUUUCUAUAUACAUUGUCAUAUUAGAUAUUGUUCGCACAUUCUAAAAAUUAUAAAUCAUUUUAAACUGA